AUGUCUGGAAAGCAACCAAAGACGAUUCUAACAGAUCAAUCUGCUGCAAUGGCUAGUGUAAUCUUAGAUGUAUUUCCUGAAACUUCUCACCGACUUUGUGUUUGGCAUAUUUAUCAGAAUGCUGCCAAAAAUUUAAGUCAUGUUUUUCAUGGAUCAAAAGAAUUUGCUCAUGAUUUUAGCACAUGUGUAUAUGAUCAUGAGGAUGUAAAUGAGUGGUUAUUAUCAUGGAAUCAUAUGCUUGACAAGUAUAGCCUCAGGGGGAACAAGUGGUUGAAAGAAAUAUUUGAAUUACGGGAAAAAUGGGCCCUUGUGUAUGGCAGAAAUACUUUCACGACUGAUAUGAAAAGCACACAGCGUAGUGAAUGUAUGAACAAUGUCUUAAACAAAUAUUUGAAGCCAAAGCAUAAUCUUUUGCGAUUUUUUAAAAAUUAUGAGAGGGUUUUGGUAGACCGUACAUAUGAAGAACUACUUGCUAAUUUCGAGAUGCUGCAAACAACACAUGUACUAUUACUAAGUGUAGAGAUGUUGCAGCACGGAGUUGAGGUUUAUACUCCGGAGGUAUUUAAACUCUUUCAAGAAGAGUAUAGGAGAAUUCUUGAUUAUAACAUAUAUAAAGUUGGUAAAUCUGAGAUGACAACCGAGUAUAAAGUGUCUUAUAUUGUGCUUGAUAAGAAAAAUGUGAAAAGGAUUCCAUCCCAAUACAUAUUGAAUCGGUUUAGGAGAGAUGCAAAGGCUAAGAGUAUCACUAGUUAUAAUGGAUUUGGGAUUCAUGACAACCCCAAAGAGUCUAUGGGAAAGCGUUACAACCAUUUGUGUCGGAAUUUUCGUGAGAUUGCAUCCUUUGCAGCAGAGCAUGAGAAAUUAACAGAAUAUGUCAAUGCUCCAUUGAGAUGCUCAAAGGUUUAG